UAUAUGUAAAUUUUGUGUUAUAUGGUCGCCGAGCGAAGAACAGUGUUGCUGAAUGCUCGCGCAUAUUAUCAUAUAGAUGAAAGUAAUGUCUUACAAUCUAAGAGAUCCUGAUGGCGAAGUACAUACGAAUCCGAGUGCUAACGGAAAAGCAGCGAUAGAGAUGACACAAGUAAACCCUAUCCAUGUCGACCAGCCGCCAAUUCUGCCGAAACUACCUGAACUACCGAUUCCCGUUGUAUCAGAAACACCCGAAUACAGUAAUAUCACCUUCCAUCAGGCUGCGAGAGAUGGAAGAGCCGAGCUUAUCGAACAGCGCUUAAACAAGCUUGCUCGUCACCACAGUAGAAAGCAGCUUCUGUUGAACCGUCUCGAUGACGAUAAAACGUCACCCCUGCAUUAUGCCGUCAGAUAUGGACAUCUGAAGGUCGUCAAGAUAUUGGUGGAGAACGGGGCAGAUAUAAAUAUUCCUGGGGAAGAUGGGGCCACGCCCUUGCACUUUGCCGCACGCUUUGGGGUCUCUUCGAAGCUCCGUCGAGGCAUGAGCCGUGAAGUAAUGUCCAGUGACAUUAACGUUGCUGAAGUCAUCCAGAACGCUCUGUUGAAGGCCGCGGGUAGCGAUGAAGCCCUAGACAUCCCAGAGCCUACAGUGGAAGAGUCACAAAAUGCGGCUAUCAUCCAGUACUUGCUGAGUAAAGAUGCGAAUGUUAAUGUUCAGGAUACCUAUGGACUUACUCCCCUCCACUACGCGGCUAACAAGUGUAACCUGAACUCCACUGUCGAACUUCUCAAGUGCCUUGCAGUCAAAGUCGACGAGCGAGACACGAGCGGCGGCACAGCUCUGCACUCCGCAUGUACCGAAGGCGCUACCGAAGUCGCGCAUGCGCUUAUCAAGGCCGGCGCUGACAUCCAAGCAAAAGACUACGAGUACAUGACUCCCUUUCACUUCGCUUGCAUGGAAGGCCACCUGGAGACCGCGUCGCUCUUGCUUGAGGCUGCUGAGAAGAUUGGCGGUGAGGGUGAAGUUGGGUUAAUGUUAUCCAACAGAAACAGAGAGAAAGAAGCCGCGCUCCACUGCGCUAUUGACGGGGGUCACAAACGAGCUGUCAAAUUGUGCAUAGACAAGGGCGCAGAUGUGAUGGCGGCCAGGAGUAACAAUACUCAGCCGUUGCAUCUAGCAGCUGUAAGUGGUAAUGUCGAGAUCGGGAAGAUGCUGGUUGAGAAAGGCGCGAAUAUCGAGGGGCGUGAAGCAAACCAGGAGACUCCACUCCACCGCGCAGCAUGUUUCAACAGGAUCAAGUUCGUGGAGUACUUGCUGGACAUCGGAGCCAACAUAGAGUGCAAAGACAAGGAUAACUUCACGCCCCUGUUGUCAGCAAGUAGUUCAGGCCACACCGCUAGUAUCCAGCUCCUGAUGGACCGAGGAGCCAACUUGAGAGCUAAGGACACACACGACCGCACAGCCAUCUACAUGGCCGCGGAGGAGAACUGCGUAGAGGCACUUAAGGAGUUACUCAAACACCCGUUCGCUAAAGCGUUGGUCAACGAGGGCGAUCUGUAUGAGGACACGCCCCUGCACAUAGCGGCUAUGAAGGGAUACCUGGGAGUUACGGAGAUACUGCUUGAUCAUGGUGCACGUAUUGACGCGCGCAACGACGAGGAUUACACCCCACUUCAUCUGGCGGCAAAAUAUGGACGGGCAAGAACUGCGGAAGCAUUGUUGCGGCGGGAUUCUGAUAUUGUUAAUGACGAGGACGAAUCUUCCAAUACUCCUCUCCACCUCGCGGCCAUAGAGGGUAACGUAAAAUGCGUAAAGACCCUCCUCAACCACGGGGCUGCUGUGGACGCUAGGAAUGCAAACUUAUGGACACCUUUGGACUGCGCCGCGGCCUAUGGAUGGGUCAAAUGCGCAAGCGCUCUACUAGACUUCGACUCACCAGUCGAUCCGACCGAUAGGACCCGGACUACUCCUCUGCAUUUGGCGUCACGCUCUGGUCACGUGGACAUGGUCGAGUUGCUGCUGAAUAGAAAUGCAAACAUCAUUUUGACGGACCACACUGGGCGGAACUGCCUGGAUAUGGCUAUUGACGACGGGAGGAAGGAUGUUGCCAUGGCAAUAAUUAACAGCCCCAACUGGGAGGAUGUGUUGAAGAACAAAACUCUAGAGCAAGGGACUGUCACCACCCCCAUGAGGAAACUUAUUGACAAGCUGCCAGACGUAGCAGAAGCUGUGCUCAACAAAUGCGUGACGGAUAACGGCCUACCUCUCUAUCACCCCGAGUACAAGAUCGAUAUGAACUAUGAGUACCUUGAGGAUCUUUACGCUGAUUGGAUGGAUUUGAAUUCCUCCAGUAUGAAAGGCUCUGAAACUGGUAGCGUGUCUAGCUUCAACAUCGACCGGAAGUCCGAGUACGGCUACCAGAUGAUCGACGAGCAAAACUUUGAACAAGUGCAGAAGCAGCUUGAAUGGAAAUCGAGGCAUCCACUGAUGAUAAUGGUAAAACGCAAGCGGGAGAAGCUUCUAAGUCACCCCAUAGUUACGUCUCUUCUCCAGCACAAGUGGCGGACGUACGGGCGUUAUGUUUACUACCUUAAGCUUUUUAUCUACUGCGUCUUCCUCGUAUUCUUAACCGGGUACUCAGUCUACGACGCUCAGGCCAAAACCUCUGUCAACAUGACCACAUGUGAUUAUCCCGCCUCCUAUAGCACCGGCACGCCGUAUGACCUUUGGGUGCGACUAGGAUCAAUCAUCAUCCUUAUACUGGCUUGUUGGCAUAUACUCAUGGAGUUGUUCCAGAUGGUAUAUCAGCGUUCGUCGUACAUCGACUGGGAAAACCUCUUGGAAUGGAUCGUGUACACGACCGCCAUCGCCUUCGUCGCGCCAGAAUUCCAAGGUGUAAAAGAAUACGGAUUCAGCAAGUGUCGGGAGUGGUUCAGUACAGUCGGCGCCAUCUCCAUCUGGUCGGCGUGGAUGUCGCUCGUGCUGUUUAUCAGGAAGUUCCCGCUUUUCGGCAUCUAUGUCGUCAUGUUCACGGAUAUUCUCAAUACCUUCCUCAUGUUUUCCACGAUCUUCUUGCUGUUUAUCAUCGCCUUCGCGCUCGCGUUCUUCACUUUAUUCUCGGCUAAGCCCCAGUUCACCACAGUAGGCCGUUCCUUAAUGAAGACGGGUGUGAUGAUGAUUGGCGAGUUCGAGUUCGACUCUAUUUUUGAGAAUGAGCCUGCGAUCGCAUGGGUCCUGUUUGUCAUCUUCUUGGUCGUCAUGACACUCAUCCUGAUGAACUUAUUGAUCGGUUUGGCCGUCGACGACAUUAAAGGCGUACAGGAGCAGGCGGUACUUAAGAGACAAGCGAUGCUGGUGGACUUGGCUCUGGACGUGGAGAAAGCCAUGCCGAGGCGCAUUCGUAAGAAUUUCGCGGUGACCCCAAGGGAAUCCUUCCUUCCAAACAGCAGUCGCGGGUUCUUCUGGUUUCUUCACUCGCACUUGAUAAAUCCACAAGAGAUGCGAGAAGCUCUUGACAUAGGAAAGAGUCCCAUGCAGGUACUUGAGGGACAGAAUGAAGAUCUUGUCAAGAAGAUGUCAGACAUGCGCACUCGUGUGCGGGAACUCCAGGAGCAACAGGAAAACAUGCAAAACAUCCUCAGAGCUGUCGCAAAGAAACUGGAUGUAGAAAUAAACUACGAUGUAGUCGAGGAGGAUUAAGAGAUGAUAUGCUUACAUUCAAAACAUCCUCAGAGCUGUAGCAAGAAUAAAACGACAAAAUGUCAUACACACUAUGGUGUGGAUAAGAAUGAUUGGGGAGACGGCCAGGCAUUGCUUGAUAUUCCAUUAUUAUACAAAUCAAUAACAAUAGAUCAAUCAAGGAUUGGCUGAGGCGGGUGCACAGUUAAGUAUCAUAUCAAAACAGAAUAGCAUUUGAAUAUUCCUUACUAAGAAAUUACCCACUUUUUGGUUGCCAGGGGGGGUGCAUGACCCCCCUGCACACCUCCCUGUGUAAGCUUCUCGUCUAUUGUACCAAAAGAUUUGAUAGGUUUGUACUGGAAAAUUUCUGAAUGAUUUAUAUCCAUAAUAACACUCAUCUGGAUGUAUGUAGCUAUUAUGGUAAGACAACAAGAAAUUUAUCACAUCACGAUUUUCACAUGCAUUAGAAGUCAUAAUCCGGUUAACAAAAUCCUGUAAUUUUUAUAAAAGUUUUUAAAAAAGGCCCUGAAACUUGGAAGUUAGUCCUGUCAUUGCAAAUUCGUUACAUACGAGAAACGAUAAAUAUGUUCUAUGUAUAAAACCUCAAACAAUUCAAUUUGUAAAAAAGAGCAUGCAUUACAUCGGUCAUUUGUAGAUGACCAGAAUUUGUACCAUACUUGUAUUUUUUAUAGAUUUUGUCACAGAAACAUAUGUUUCUCUGAAUUUUAUGGUAUUUAUAAAGAUACCCAUGCAUGAUGUGCAUGUAAUAAAAUGAAAUGUCCCUAGUAUAUAGGUAGGCUAGAGUGCCAGUAGACAUGUAGGUAGACCUUUCACUUUAAAACAAAUUUUUGAGCAUUCACAAAUUCUACCUGCUUUAUACAGUUUUAUAUGUACUAGAUAAGGUCUUUGUAAUAUUUGCCUUUCUCUUAAUUUCCCAUACGCCUGCAUAGUCAUGCCAAAAGUAAUAGGUACGAUUGUACCCUUUGGAUUAUUUAGCCCUUUGAUUUUGCCAGACCAUGUAUUCAAAUAUGUGGGAAUAAUAAUGAAAAUCGGUUGCAAUAUACAAUGUCGUUAAUGCAAUAAAUUGAAAGAUCUUCAUUAAA